CUAACGUUCGUGUCAAUAUCAAAACUCGGCAUCAAAACAGAGCUACCUGUGGCAGCGGCAACAGGCGAUAGCGCAGUGCGGUGCAAUUUCAAAUACCUAGAUUAUCAAAUAGCGAGAAUCCACAGACCAGAAUGUCGCAGUCAAAGUCCUUUGGAACGCAAUCACGCAAAUCUUAUGUAGGCCUUUUAUUGCUCACCGUGUGUGCAUUUUUGACGCAAGGUGUCCUGGCAGCAGCAACGGAUUCAGCCUACGGUGACAAUGAAGUGCAGAAGGAUAACGAGUUUCCAUCAUUGGUCAAGCGACCGGCAUUUUUUGUGGGUAGUCGAUAUGGACGCUCUAGCGGUAAUAGCGGCGCUGGAGGAAGUACUUCCAAUUCUGGAGUGGGUACCUCGAAGUCACGACGCCUAAUCAUUGUACCCCGCAAUGAUCGCUUCUUCCUAGGCUCCCGAUAUGGGAAACGCAGCGACGAAUAUCUAUCGCCCUACGAGCAAAGUAGCCUGAGCUUGGGCCUUAACAAGGCAUCCUUGCGGGAUGCGGAGCGGGAUUCCGUUGAGGCAGGCGGAGACAACAACAAAGGCAGCAGCAACAGCAGGACAAGAACCGGCCCGGCAAUGUCUGUGACCAUGUCCUGUGUGUACACAGGCAUCAGAGACUUUUAUCGCUGCAGCAACGUCAACACAGACGAGCUCAACCAUAUUAUGAACCGCAACGAUGCAAUGACAUUGGAUUCCAACAGCAUAGCCUCGGAGGAUACCAACACCAAUACCAACACCAAGUAGGAUGCCGGACAUCCUUGGCUUUAAGUGACAACGGCAAACCGGCGAUUGAUUGACCAUCCUGUUGUGACACCUGAUCCUCUGACAGUUAUUACAUACAUACACACUUCCUGUUAUCAUUAUUCUUUCGCUUUUCGCUAUUCGCGUAGCGCAUUUUAGUUUUCAAUAAGCAAACGGUAUUAAGAUUUUUAACGGGGCUGGAAAAGUUUUAAUACCCAAAAAUAAAUUGUAAAUAUACAUUCAUCUAUAUCGAUCGAUAUAUAUAAUACCUGCAUACCUUAACUAUCUAUUACGAUUAUUACACAAACUGGCAUAAGUGUUUACCUAUUAUAUACAUAAGCAAAUUGUAUUUAGAUUGUUAUUACAAUUACAUACAUGUGUAUAUCUCUGCUUUUCGCUCUCUAUUCAACUUUGCAUAUCGAAUAGAAUACAUUAGCUUAUAUCAAAUUAAUGUAUGUGAGUGCGCACAGUGGUCGACAGAAGUCAACGCACGAUCCCAACUGUGCAAUAAUUGGCGACACUGAAGAAAAAGUACUGUUGCUGCUUUAAAAUUAAACACAUUGAUAAAAGUAUGCGUUCAACUGAAAAAAUAAUAUUAGCAGUCCUUUAAAGAAUAUUAGGCAAUAAAAUGAUCCUUAAUAUUAA